AUGACGAAGGUGGGAUACGAGGACAGACGCAAUUACGAGAGACGGGGAGUGACGCCAAGGAUGGACAGGAUGGCGAACAAGGCGCGGCUACCGUGGGGCCUGCCAGAUCACAUGGCCGGUAGCUACGCACGAGGCGGUGAGAUGAUGGCGACGGAGAAAGCGGAACGGACGGAAUACCAGCGACGACGGGGUGUACAAGUGUAG